UCCAAACUUUUGAUUGGUACUGUACAUGGCUGUACAUGGUACUGUACAUUUUAACUGACUCUAAUGGUUGUCUGGUGGUUGGUCCCAUUUAUGCUGGGAAUUUCUGAAUAUCCACAGGAAAGUAUUAUUAAACAGACUUCAAAACGCUGGUAGUGCAUUCAGAUUUUAUAUCACCCAUUUCUUGAACGGAACGAACCUGGGAGGGACCUACAGUGUAGCUGAAUUUGUCGAAUACAAACUCUCGUUUUAGUUGCAGAACGUUUUGUACCUGUUGUAUUCGGGGCAUGUGACAAAUAAAAAUUUAUUUGAGUAGGACAUUCCAGUCACAUUUUUUACUAAUAUCGAAUGUUUUCUAUUGAAUUUUGGCGCCAUCUACAAGGUUACAAAUAGUCAAACACUUGACUACAGUAGUUGCAAGUUAAAAUAACUUACCCUCCCAUCCUGAUGGUGGCGCCAAUACAUAGCUUACUUCCCCCCCGAAGAACAACGCAACAAAACCAGUUGGAAAAAUACCCGGGAGUUUUAGCUAACUAGCUAUGUUAUUAUUUUUAAAUUUCCCUCUAGUAGAUCAAUAACUAAUGAGGUAAACAACUCAGUACUUUGACCAACCUAUAUCGACUGGUUGACCUCUGAUCAAUUUUGUAUCUCGUGCGCUUUGCCCAUGAACGUUUUCUGGUAUAUUUGCUGUAGCUAAUUUUUGAGAUGCCUUCAUUUUUACCUACGGUGGCCGAACAACUCUUCAAAGACAUACAGAAGACAUACCAAGAGAAAACUAAAAUUCCUGAUGACCUGCUUAUUGCGCUGAGGUUUGUGUUUGGCUCCUGUGCCCUCCAGGCCUUGGACCUGGUGGACCAGCGCUCUGUCACCUGUGUCUCAUCCCCCAGUGGACGGAGAGCAUAUCAGGUGAUUGGAGGGUCAGGGCUGCUGUACACCUGCUACACCUCCUGUCACUACUGCUCCUGCCCAGCCUUCGCCUACACUGUGCUCAGGAGGAACGAGAGCCUGCUGUGCAAGCACAUCCUGGCCGCCUACCUCAGUCAGGCCAUGGGGCUAUCCCAGCAGGAGGCCCUGUCUGACCAGCAGAUGUCCAGCAUCCUUUCUGGGAGAGCAGCAAGAACUGACACGUAGAGCACCAGACCCCCAGGUCACUCAUCCAGACCUACAUUUAGAAGACCAGACCGCAGCUACAGACGCAAAGCACAGACACGUAGAGCACAACCCAACAGGUCACUGAUCCAGACUCAAAGCCACGCAGCACCAUCUGAGACCAAGCUACUGCAGCACAUCCUGAGGAAAGAUGUUUCAAAGGCAAAGCCUACUGCUGCUGUAUAGUCUCCUCCAGUCUGUCUGCAUGUGUGAAGAUUACUUUUAUGGCUUUUAGGUCAUUGUGCUGUUCUUCUAGAACCCUGGUGUGGUUCUCCGCUUUCUGAAAAUCAAAAGACAACAGAUGUUGCUGUUUUUUGUGAGUGUUCGUGUUCUUAAUCUGUUGCCAGAGAAUAUGCAUCUGUUCAUUGACUGUAUUUUAAGACUCUCCUUUUAUAUGAAAAUGGUUGUUAUAUGUAGGUUGUGUAAACUCUUGUAAGAAUAUGAGUCUGAACAUUUUAUUUGUAUUUUUUAUUUAACCAGGCAAGUCAUACAUAGCUUUUAUUGACAAAAUAAUUCACCAUACAGAUUUUUCUCAUGUUAAAUUGCAGUAUUGGUUUAGUUGUCAGUUGAGUGAAAUAAUAACUGAACAUCAUUGACGUUCAGACAUUCUACUGCACUGUUGGAGCUAGUAACAUAAGCAUUUCGCUGCACCUACUAUAACAUCAGCAAAACUGUGUACACAACCAAUACACUUUGAUUUGAACCACAGUUGACUGUUUAGGCUACUGGUUAGCGACAUCAAUACUGUAACACAUUUGCAAACGCACAGGUUGGAAAACUACAUCAGCUUGUUCUUGUGUGUAUGCUUCAUUCACAAGUCAGGCUUGUUGAAGGCUUUACAACCCACUGUAUCUUGCAGGGUUGGGGCAAUUCCAUUUCAAUUCAAUCAACUCCGGAGGUAAACAAACGCCAAUUCCACAUUUUUCUCAGUACGAAGCAUUUGGGGAAUUGGAAUUUCAGUUUACUGAAUUGUAAUGGAAUUUAACCCUUAUCUUGAUGCUAAGGUCACAUUUGAAUGAACAAAUAAUAGUAAUACCAGUACAGUGCAGUCUCCAAUGGAAUGUACUUGAAGUUUGGCACACUCCUAUAGUUUAGCCCUUGAAGUUGUAGAGGUGAUGGUUGAUGUGUAUGGUGAAGAAAUGGAAAAACUAAGAAAUUAAACACAAUGGAAAUAC